UCAGUUCAGUUCGCGUUUGGACUUCGUAUCGGUCAGAUGUGUUUUCGCUGCAGCCAGCAGUUGGAGCGUUUUUCCUUGCUUUCGCUCAGUGUCGGUAAAUUCGCGCAUUUCCGUUAGAGCACGCGAUCAGUCGUCGAUUGUUCCGAGUUCCGACGUACCACUGAGACCAUCAAAGACCACGUUUUUGGUUCUAUUUUUUUCUCUUCAGUGCACUUUGGGGAGAUUAUCCGCCACCGGACACCGGAGGAAGGGAAAUUUGGCGGAAUUAUUAAGUUUCUAUUUAUUCUGGUUGUUUCGGGGGCUUUCGUCAGGUUCGCUGCUUUUUUUUUCGUGUGGUCUGGUUGUGUGAAAUAUAUUUGCAGUUAACUUCGAAAUUAGCCGUACAGCACCAAAGCCGGGUGCCGUUGGAUUUUCCUAGCGUGGCUUGGCGUCGGCUGAUUUAGCUAAUGCUAUUAGCAUAUCUAUAUGCAUUCCGUACACGGUUCCAUUCCCGGGCGGCGUAUGAGCAGAGAACGUAACAUUUUUGCCGUGAUCUCGUUUGCUUCUUCGAUGAAAAGUGAUUGUUAAAGGUGUGAAUUGGAUAAUUGAUAAUCGUGAGGGGGAAGAUCUGGGUGAUUGGAAAACUAUCAGCCGCAGUGAAAUUUGUGGAAUGAAAACAUAAAUAAAAAUCACACGCACAAUCAGAGGUACGUUAGGCGCCCUGAAAUCGAGGUGCAACGACGCACACUUCGAGAGAUCUCUUACGGUGUUUGUUUGGCUAGCUUGUAAUUGAAUUAACGCUUUUCGACUCCGUGGGAACGACGCAGCGCAGUCCGAACGUAAAGUGGUCAUACAAGAGGAAAGAGAAGUCGUCCCUGAGGAUCUGAGUUAGAGCUACCGAGCACUCGUUUGAGUGCCGAACGCGAGCACUGACUAGGGUUCAGUUCCACAGCAGUGACAAGUGAUUCUACAGUACCUAACACCGAAACUAGGCCGUCAACCCAAACCGGAAAGAUGAUGCUGAGAGUUGAAUUUCUUAUUUUGAUGCUAAUGAUAGCCCUUGGUCAGGGCAGCCUCAAACUGGGUGCCCCCUGCCAGCACGAUAUGGACUGUACCGACAGUGUUCGCGGCAGCUACUGCACCCUGGAGGGUUUCUGCGAAUGUUCCCCGUUCUACGUGCGGCUCAACGAAACCAAGUGCCUACCGUCCCAACUGCUGGAAAGUGACUGCCACCUAUCGGAACAGUGCGCCAUGCGUGUGGCGAACAGUAUUUGCGACGGGGGGCACUGCCGCUGCGAGGACGGCUUUCUGCAGUUCCGCAAGCACACCUGUUUGUCACCGGCUCAACCGGGCACGGUAUGCUACAGUAACGCUCAUUGCCGCAUGUGGAUCACCGAAAGCCACUGUGAUUUUUUAAUUCCAAAUCUGUUCGGACGCUGUCAGUGUACUUCCCCGGCUCGGCAGGUGGGAUCCACGUGCGUGGUGAAACCCGAAAUCGUUGUCGAGGAGAAGCUGCCCGAAGUCGUCAGCUCUACUGAACCGCCGCAACAUCCGGUGGAAAUUGAUCGAGUGCCAACUACGACGACCGAAGAUGACGCAGUUGUUAUUGAAAACAUACGUACGGAACGGAAUGAAGCCGAUCAUGAUCAGCAGAUGGAAAGUACUGAGCAAAGUGCUCAAACGGAGAAGGAAUCCGAAGACCAGGAAAGUACGACAUCUAGUGGAAGCUAUUUUGACAGUACUAGUGAAGAGACGAACGAAUCGUACGACGAUUACAGCAGUACAUCAAACGUACACAAAUAUGAAAACGCAGAACCAUAUUCUACCACGGAACAAGAGGAAGCUGAAUCUAGCGUUCAAGAACACGAAUAUGAUACCAGUCAAACAACAACCGAAUAUCCUUCCCGCGAAACAACAGAAUCCGAACCAUAUUCUUCCGAACCUCACUCAUCCGAACCUCAUUCAUCGGAAUCUUCAAUUUCCGAAUCCACCGGUGAAAACUACGACUAUGAUAGCACCAACCAGGGCGCAGAGGAAGAAGAACUUUAUCAGCCUCAGGUCUCUCACAACGGUCCAGUAGAACUAAUCGAAAAGCAUAACCACAUUUCCGAUGAAAACCACUCUAAUAUAAUCGAGGGCGAAGAAGAAACCACGCCGUACGGGGCGGAAACUACAACCACUGAAACCCAUAAAUACAUCCCUAACCAGAGCGCCAACACGAAGUACGUAACUACCCAGAUUGCCGAUCUUUACCAGCAUUCGGACCGGCAUGAGACGGAAAAUGAAGUCGAUGGUGCGGUUUUCGAACACACCACACCGACCAUGGUGAGGCUGGCAAGCAGGACAACCGUCAUCGAACCGGUUGACACGCCGGUCUCCAGCACAGUAGCCACGCUUAUCGCUGAAGCAGAAAUCGAAACCACUGUGUCGACCAUCGACUCGCACCGCUCUAGUACAGCUUCUAGUACGACAGCUGCUUCGGAUGAGUCAAACACAGAGAGCAGCGUCAGAGUAAAGCAUCAAGGCAUCCGAACACGUGUUGAUCUUGGCGACGGGCCAGUUUCGCUCGGGCUGGCGUGCAUCAACAACCGACAGUGUCAGCUGGCCGAUCCCUACACGUACUGCAACGAGCUUGGCCGGUGUGAUUGCGCCCAUCCGCAGCAGGCUGGACUGCGGGAACACGUCUGCAACGGUGCCAAUACCGGUUGCGCUCCCGGCACAUUUCAGUGCCGUUCGAGUGGUAUCUGCAUCAGCUGGUUCUUCGUUUGCGACGGUCGCCCGGAUUGCAGCGACGCCUCGGACGAAGAGUGCAGCUUUUCGCUGAAAGCCAACAUCACCAACUGUCCCAACCUGUCCUUCCGAUGCGAGCGCAGUGGUCGCUGCAUUUCGCGGGCCGGAAUCUGCGACGGUAAAAUCCAGUGCCCGCAGGGUGAGGACGAGGUCGGCUGCGAUUUUCGAAAGUCCCGAAGAUGUCCGGAAAACACCUUCAUGUGCCGAAGCGGCGAGUGUCUGCCGGAGUACGAGUACUGUAACGCCAUCGUAACCUGUCGGGAUGGAAGCGAUGAACCGCCGCAUCUGUGCGGUUCCCGCUCGGUGCCGAACUUCUUCGUGAAGCUGCUGUCUGGGCCGAGCAGCCGCAGCCGGAGCUAUUGUCCGAUGCGAUGCGGCAACGGCAAUUGUCGCUCCACGGCUAUUGUUUGUUCCGGUCGGGACGGGUGCGGCGACGGAAGCGACGAGGAGAACUGUGCCGUCUGUCGUUGUCCGGCCCCACCGGCUGAUGAAGUAGACCGAUCGGAUCAUCUGGUCGUUCCCGUCAGCAGCAGGUCCAAGCAGCGGACCCGUACAGGACGCAUCACCAACAAUUGGCAGCAAUAGUAAUGCAGACUUACUAAUUCCGACUGCUGACUGAGAGCGGUGCUUCGUUUGCAAACAGCUAAACGGAACACAAUUGUACUAUAAAAGCUAAAGCAAUUUUAUACUUACACCCGAUGAUGUAAACGCACGGUCCAUUGGAUUCUUCCAGCAAAUGACCAAGCGCUCGCUUCAAGUAAUAGGAAUGCAGCAAAAAUAAUAAGCACAAAAUAACAACCCAUGACGAACACAGAAAGUAAACAAAUGUGCGCAAAAGAGAAAAUAAAAACAAUCUUAUCAACUAGUGCCAAUCGUGAAUUCAGAUGCACAUUGAAGUUUUCCAGCAUCUUUUCUGCCUACCAGGCAGAUAACAGAGCACGACCGUUCGCACAUCCGGCCGUUAGUACGUGCCGUCCUUCGUCUAUGUUUCAGCUCCAGUGACAAUGAUGCAUGUACCCGGAGGCUCCACUGCCAGAAUGCUAGCGAGUGAAUGCAGUAGAAGUUGGUUAAAAAUUUUCUCCCAGGAAAAUGAUUCGCGGCUUCUCAGUUUAAGUGCGAUGAGCGCGCGAUAUUUAUAGUAGCGUUAAUAUUAACUUGUACAUAUACCGAUAACAGCUAGUUGAUAUUUUAUGCGCUAUCGUUCUAAGAUAAAUUAUAGCAAAAGAAUGCAUGCAGUUGACUUUCAAGAGAAGGUUGGUGCUCUAUUCGGUAGCAUCUGCCGUGAGUGUAAUAAUUUCCACCGAUCAGAAUUCACACAAACUAUAUUAAAAUUUGUUUGAAUCAAGUUUAUUUAUAGUCGACAAUUCCUGAAUCCAUUUAUCGAUUAAAUUACAACCUUAUAGGACGAACCUUGAAAAGGCGAAAAAACUGCCUUUCCCGGUAAUAUAUGGUUGUCGCGACACCCUCCUUUCGUGUUUCAUCCUUUCUUCAUUUAUUCCAGUGUAUGUAUGUACUAGCCCCCCAACUAACGGCCAGCUCGCUACCACUGUUGAUAAAGAAAAUCUAGGCUAAGUGUAAAGACACGAAUCGAUAAGCGCUGGUUUCCUUGAAGGCGGCGGUCGACACGAAGAACGUAAAUUGAAAUUUAUUCAUUAAAGACACGCGGCUCGUGCCAAGCGGAACUUAAAACUUCCGCCAUGCGAGGGAUGCUCUCACUGUUAGCCAGGGUGGUUCUCACCUUCUUCGUUCUCAGUUAACUGUUUAGUCAUUCAAAUUGAUUAUGCCGCUCUUUUUUUCAUAUUCUUAGUAUUUCAAUGCUAAGGUUUACGCUUUCGUUCGCCUUGGAUACUUUGUUGUAGCUUAUUCGAACAAAAAAAAACGACUAGAAUUUUCGAUUCCUUCAACCCUGUCACGGCCUUGAUCGAAUAGAACCUAAUGGCAACUGCAUGCAAUCAUUAAUCCAAGCUUAACAAACCUAUAUGUAUGAUAGCAAUACGUUUUAUAACACUUUUACACUUUUAAGCCACCGUAGCUCAUAGAGAAGGUUUUAAUUAAAAUCUUU